CUCGAUCUCCGUUCUGUUGUAUCACAGGCUAUCAUCAAACAAGAUAAUGAGUAUCCGGGGGCGAAUGGCAGUCGCUUUGCUUACUGUGUACUUAAUGAGACAGCACGAAAACUCUUCGGUGUAAACUCUCAUACCUUCUAUUGGAAGAAACUGGGUCUGUUUGUAAAAGCGGAUACACUGGAAGAUCUUGCAGCUCUCAUCAAGUGUCCGCUAGACACUCUUCGCACUACACUUGUGGAGUAUGAGGAGCUCUCAAAGGCCUCCCGCACUUGUCCAUGGACCCGAAAGAGUGUAUACCCAUGUGUUCUCGGUCCACAAGGUCCUUUCUAUGUUGCCUUUGUUACCCCAUCUAUUCACUACACUAUGGGUGGAUGCCUUAUUUCCCCAUCAGCAGAGAUGCAGAUGGGCGACAAUUCUUCAACACCUCACUUUGGUAGCCGUCGUCCGGUCCUCGGAUUGUUUGGAGCAGGUGAAGUAACAGGAGGUGUUCAUGGUGGUAAUCGACUUGGUGGUAAUUCUCUACUGGAGUGUGUGGUAUUUGGAAAGAUUGCGGGUGAUCGUGCAGCAACAAUUUUGCAGAAGAAGGCCACUCCAUUAUCGUUCACAUCGUGGACGACAGUGGUUUUGCGUGAGGUACGUGAGGGUGGUAUGUAUGGUGCUGGUUCUCGUGUAUUACGUUUUAACCUUCCUGGUGCCUUACAACGUUCUGGUUUAAGUCUUGGUCAAUUUAUUGCUAUCAGGGGUGAAUGGGAUGGAAGACAACUUAUUGGAUAUUACAGUCCUAUUACAUUACCAGAUGAUCUUGGUGUGAUUGGUAUUUUGGCAAGGAGUGAUAAGGGAACGCUGAAGGAAUGGAUAUCUGCUCUUCAGCCUGGUGAUGCUGUGGAAAUGAAGGGAUGUGGCGGUCUUGUGAUUGAGCGUCGCUUCAGCGAACGUAACCUUUACUUCGCUGGACAUGUAAUUAAGAAACUUUGCCUCAUCGCUGGUGGUACAGGUGUAGCACCAAUGCUACAAAUUAUUCGUGCUGCCCUUAAGAAGCCAUUUAUUGAUACCAUUGAAAGUGUACGUCUCAUCUACGCCGCUGAGGAUGUCUCUGAAUUGACGUACCGUGAAGUGCUUGAGCAGCAUCAGAGGGAAUCAAAGGGUAAGUUCCGUACAACUUUCGUUCUGAAUCGACCACCGGCAAUGUGGACUGAUGGUGUUGGGUUCAUUGAUAAGGAAAUCCUAAAGGCCAACGUGCAACCACCAGCAGAUAACCUCUUGGUAGCAAUCUGUGGUCCACCAGUGAUGCAACGUGUUAUUAAAAUGACUUUGAAGGGUCUUGGACACAACAUGCAUCUGGUUCGUACGGUUGACGAAGUUGACCCUCAAACAGCAUCCAAGAUGUAA